GGCGGCGGCCGCUGCGUUCUCCCGCCUCCGCCUCCGUCGCGGCUCGUGGACGUCCCGCCAUGGCCCUGUCGUCGCGGGGGUUGUCCCGGGAGCUGGCCGAGGCGGUAGCCGGGGGCCGUGUGUUGGUGGUGGGCGCCGGCGGCAUCGGCUGCGAGCUCCUCAAGAACCUGGUGCUCACUGGCUUCUCCCACAUCGAUCUGAUUGAUCUGGAUACAAUCGAUGUCAGCAACCUCAACCGGCAGUUUUUGUUUCAAAAGAGACAUGUCGGGAGAUCAAAAGCACAGGUUGCCAAAGAAAGUGUACUUCAGUUUUACCCGAAAGCCAAUAUUGUAGCUUACCACGACAGCAUCAUGAACCCUGACUAUAACGUGGAGUUUUUUCGGCAGUUUAUAUUGGUUAUGAAUGCACUAGAUAACAGAGCUGCCCGUAACCAUGUUAACAGGAUGUGUCUGGCAGCUGAUGUUCCUCUAAUUGAAAGUGGAACUGCCGGUUAUCUUGGUCAAGUAACUACUAUCAAAAAGGGUGUCACUGAGUGUUAUGAGUGUCAUCCUAAGCCGACCCAGAGAACCUUCCCUGGCUGCACGAUCCGGAACACACCCUCAGAGCCCAUCCACUGCAUUGUCUGGGCAAAGUAUUUAUUCAACCAAUUGUUUGGAGAAGAAGACGCUGAUCAAGAAGUGUCACCUGACAGAGCUGACCCUGAAGCUGCCUGGGAACCUGCAGAAGCCGAAGCCAGAGCCCGCGCCUCCAAUGAGGAUGGUGACAUUAAGCGCAUCUCCACUAAGGAAUGGGCCAAGUCCACUGGAUAUGAUCCCGUGAAACUGUUCACCAAGCUUUUUAAGGAUGAUAUCCGGUAUCUGUUGUCAAUGGAUAAGCUUUGGCGGAAGAGGAAACCUCCGGUUCCAUUGGACUGGGUGGAAGUACAAAGUCAAGGAGAAGAAACUCAUGCCUCAGAUCAACAGAAUGAACCCCAGUUAGGUUUGAAAGACCAGCAAGUUCUAGAUGUAAAGAGCUAUGCAAGUCUUUUCUCCAAGAGCAUUGAGACCUUGAGAGUGCAUUUAGCAGAAAAGGGGGACGGAGCCGAGCUCAUAUGGGAUAAGGAUGACCCAUCUGCCAUGGAUUUUGUCACCUCAGCAGCAAACCUCCGCAUGCAUAUUUUCAGCAUGAAUAUGAAGAGCAGAUUUGAUAUAAAAUCAAUGGCUGGAAACAUUAUUCCUGCCAUCGCUACUACUAAUGCAGUCAUUGCUGGAUUGAUAGUGUUGGAAGGAUUGAAGAUUUUAUCCGGAAAAAUAGACCAGUGUAGAACCAUUUUUUUGAAUAAGCAGCCAAACCCAAGGAAGAAGCUCCUGGUGCCUUGUGCGCUGGACCCACCCAACCCCAAUUGCUACGUGUGUGCCAGCAAGCCAGAGGUGACGGUGCGCCUCAAUGUCCAUAAAGUGACCGUGCUCACCUUGCAGGACAAGAUAGUGAAAGAAAAAUUUGCUAUGGUGGCACCAGAUGUCCAAAUUGAAGAUGGCAAGGGAACAAUCUUGAUAUCUUCAGAAGAAGGGGAGACUGAAGCUAAUAACCAUAAAAAGCUGUCCGAAUUUGGAAUUAGAAAUGGCAGCCGCCUUCAAGCAGAUGACUUCCUCCAGGACUACACGUUGUUCAUCAACGUCCUGCACAGCGAAGACCUAGGAAAGGAUGUCGACUUCGAAGUUGUAGGUGAUGCCCCAGAAAAAGUGGGCCCCAAGCCAGCUGAAGAUGCUGCCAAGAGCAUCACCAACGGCAGCGAUGACGGUGCCCAGCCCUCUACCUCCACAGCACAAGAGCAAGAUGACGUGCUCAUCGUUGAUUCCGAUGAGGAAGGCCCUUCUAAUAACACCGGUCUCGGAGAGGAGGAGAGGACACGCAAGCGGAAGUUGACUGAGGAGAACAUCUGUUCCAAGAGGUCACGGGUGGAGACGGCGGAAGAGCUAGAUGACGUCAUCGCCUUAGACUGAGCCAUUUGCCUUCCUAAUUCAUCUGGGCAGAGCCAGGUGGGUCGCUUCGUCCUCUGUUCCAAAGGGGAAACAUCAACUCGCAGCAGGGGUCUGCUCCCUUUGAAAGCCUUUGUUUUUGCUAGAACUUUAGAAACCUUGCAGUAUGCUCUAUGGAAAGUAGGAAUAUAGUUUCAAAAUCCUUGAAACAACCACACAGUGCAUGUCGCCUUUGUACUGUAAAUACCCUUAGGUAUCAUGUAACAGGUUAAAAAUAUUGUGGCUUAGUCAAGUUGAUACCUGGUUAUAAAUAUUAUGCUUUUAUUUUUGGCUAGAAGAAGAGUUAUUUUUAGCCUAGAUAUGUGAUCAUUUUCAUACUCUUAAACUGAUACAGAUUCGGGAGAAGUAUCAUUGAGACUUGUUUUUAAAUGUUAACUGGCACUAUGUAUAUUGGUGUAAAACAACGUUCAUUUGCCCAGAUUUUCAGUUUGUACUGCCUGGUAUGUCUGCAAGGAGCCAGUUUUGUGUAUCGUUAACAGUUUCAGGUUAUUUAUAUUUGAUGUUUUGUAAAACUCAAAUAACAAAUAUUCUGUACUUAUGGACCAAAUAAAUGGCAUCUGCGUACUUGUUA